GUGAAAGGAUGUGGCUUGAGUAGCGGUCCUUUUCCUCGGCGUGGAUUUGUAAUCAGGAGUCCCCACAUGCUCUCGUGGCCCACUGCUAUGCAAAACCACAUGGUUCUCUUUUUUUUUUCUUGGCCGGGGAUGGAGCUGUAGCUGUAGCUGGAGCUGAUCUGAUUGGAGGAUGGAAUGUGUUUUCUUGCUUGUGAUGCGGGAUUUUGAAGGGUCAGUGCUAAGUUAAAUAGAUAAGCGAAGAGAUUUCUCUGCUCAGAGAUUUGCAAAUAGAAAUAGAGGAGAAUGAGUAGCAACUGAAGAUUGGCUUCCUUGCUGACAAUGGAUCCUGAGCUAGCGAUGACUUCAAGUUCGUCAAAGAAAGAUUCUUGGAAGACUGUUUUGCUUUUGGCAUAUCAGAGCCUGGGGGUUGUGUAUGGAGACUUGAGUAUCUCCCCUCUGUAUGUUUUCAAGAGCACAUUUGCUGAAGAUAUCACUCACUCUGAAACAAAUGAAGAAAUUUUUGGUGUUCUCUCAUUUGUCUUUUGGACUCUCACACUCAUCCCUCUGUUCAAAUACGUCUUCAUAGUUCUUAGAGCUGAUGACAAUGGCGAGGGUGGCACUUUUGCCCUUUACUCUUUAAUUUGUAGGCAUGCUAACGUCAGCCUCCUGCCAAAUAAACAGGUGGUUGAUGAAGAACUCUCUACUUACAUACUGGAAUGCCCUACAGAAACAAAGAAUGGUUCGAGGGUCAAAACUUGGCUCGAGAAGCACAAGAACUUACAUACAGCAUUGCUAGCAGUGGUUAUGCUUGGCACUUGCAUGGUAAUUGGUGAUGGUGUUCUUACACCAGCCAUAUCAGUUUUCUCUGCAGUUUCGGGACUUGAGUUAUCGAUGUCCAAAGAUCACCGUGAAUAUGCUGUUGUUCCAAUCACCUGCUUUAUAUUAGUAUGCUUGUUUGCACUACAACAUUAUGGCACUCAUCGAGUUGGAUUCUUGUUCGCACCGGUUGUUCUUGCUUGGCUGCUAUGCCUUAGUGCACUUGGCUUAUACAACAUUGUUCAUUGGAAUCCACGUGUUUAUGAAGCACUUUCUCCAUAUUACAUGUUUAAGUUUUUGAAGAAGACCAAGAAGAACGGCUGGAUGUCCUUGGGAGGAAUUCUGCUGUGCAUAACAGGCUCAGAGGCAAUGUUUGCAGAUCUUGGUCAUUUCUCAUACACUGCCAUACAGAUUGCUUUCACCUCACUAGUAUAUCCAGCACUAAUUUUAGCAUACAUGGGCCAAGCUGCCUACUUGUCCAAACAUCACAAGAUCUAUUCAACAUACCAGAUUGGCUUUUACGUCUCAGUUCCAGAGAGUGUCCGAUGGCCAGUGCUUGUAAUAGCCAUACUAGCAUCAGUGGUCGGAAGCCAAGCUAUUAUCAGCGGCACAUUCUCAAUCAUAAACCAAAGCCUAUCUCUCGGUUGCUUUCCAAGAGUCAAAGUAAUUCACACCUCUGAUAAAAUCCACGGCCAAAUCUACAUCCCUGAGAUCAACUGGAUGCUCAUGGUCCUCUGCAUUGCCGUCGCGGUCGGCUUCCGCGACACAAAACACAUGGGCAAUGCUUCAGGUCUAGCAGUGAUCAGUGUGAUGCUAGUAACAACAUGCUUAACAUCUCUAGUAAUGAUCCUCUGCUGGCACAAACCACCAUUACUAGCAUUAUCAUUCCUCCUUUUCUUCGGCUCAUUCGAAGCACUAUAUUUCUCAGCAUCUCUAAUAAAAUUCAGAGAAGGUGCAUGGCUACCAAUCCUUCUCGCUCUAAUCCUUAUGACAGUAAUGUUCGUCUGGCACUACGCAACCAUCAAGAAACACGAAUUCGAUCUCCACAACAAAGUAUCACUGGACUGGCUUCUAGCACUCGGUGAGAGUCUCGGCAUUGCUCGAGUCCCCGGCAUUGGUCUCGUUUACACCGAUCUCAUCUCCGGCGUGCCAGCCAACUUCUCUCGCUUUGUCACCAACCUCCCAGCAUUCCACCGCAUCCUCGUCUUCGUCUGCAUCAAAUCCGUGCCAGUCCCAUUCGUCCCACCGGCCGAGCGUUAUCUACUCGGCCGUGUCGGCCCGCCUAGUCACCGGUCAUACCGUUGCAUUGUUCGUUACGGGUACCGUGACGUGCACCAAGAUGUGGACUCAUUUGAAUCCGAAUUGCUAGCUAGUUUAACCGAGUUCAUCAGACUUGAUGCAGAGCUGGGGACUCACAGGUCUAGUGGUUCCAGUGAGUGCUUGCUCACAGUGGUUGGAAGGCACACUAUUGAUAAUAUAAAUGAUAUUAUUGAGCCAGUUGGAGUUAGAGAAGGGAAGCGAGUUCGGUUUGCUGCUUUGGAGGAUGAGCGUGCACGAGAUGAGCUUGAAGAGUUGAACGUGGCACGUGAGUCAGGAACAGCGUUUAUAUUGGGUCACUCGCACGUGCGUGCAAAGCCAGAGUCAUCAGUGAUGAAGAAGUUGGCGAUAGAUGUUGGGUAUAAUUUUUUGAAGAGGAAUUGUAGAGGCGCUGAUGUGGUGUUGCGAGUGCCUCCGGCGUCGUUGUUGGAGGUUGGAAUGGUGUAUGUUUUGUGAUCAUAAUAAUAAUAAUAAUAAUGUUUUGAUGUGAUUUGAUGUGAUGUGGGGUUGGUGUUGUGUGUAUGUAUGAGUAUGUGUGUGUGUGUGUGUGGGCCUUGUGGAUGGGUGGUUUGUAACUUUUGUUUAUGAAUAGUGGUGGAAAAAGGCUGAGUAAUUA